AGAAAUAAAAACAAAAAAUAAAAUAUUUGGCGGGAAGAUCAUCUCUUUACUCACAACUUCACAAGCUCCGAAAGGGAAUCCUCAAAGCCGCUAAUUUCCAUUCCAAUCCAGAAGGGCAAACAACAAUCCCUAACCUUCAUCGGAACUCCUCUUGCCGGAAUGACCAGAGACGGCGUACAAUUUGACGCCGCGAAACGAUCCUAUCGGAAUGCUAAGGCCGAGGGGAACCGGCACGAGGAGGCUAAAUGGGCAAACGUAAUCGGCAAUAUCUUGAAGAACAGAGGAGAGUACGUGAAAGCCCUCAAGUGGUUUCGGAUUGAUUACGAUGUGUCGGUCAAGUACUUGCCUCAGAAGCAUAUGCUGGCAACGUGCCAGUCCCUUGGCGAGGUCUAUCUUAGGCUCGAGCACUUCAAAGAUGCUCUAAUUUAUCAGAAGAAACAUUUAGAGCUAGCCAAACAUGCUAAUGACCUCGUGGAACAGCAAAGAGCUAACACUCAACUAGGUCGUACUUACCAUGAACUAUUUUUGAAAUCUGAUGAUGACCAUUUUUCAGUUCGAAAUGCCAAAAAGUAUUUCAAGGCUGCCAUGGAACUUGCAAAGUUUCUCAAAGAUCAUCCACCAAGAAGUGGAUGUUCUUUCCUCAAGGAAUAUGUUGAUGCUCAUAAUAACUUGGGAAUGCUUGAAAUGGAUCUUGAUAACUUGGAAGAGGCCAAAAAGAUUUUAACAAAAGGACUAGAGAUUUGUGAGGAAGAAGAGGUGGAUGAAGAUGAUGAUGGUCGUAGCAGGCUUCACCACAACCUUGGAAGUGUUUACAUGGAGCUAAGACUGUGGGAUCAAGCCAAGAAGCAUGUCGAGAAGGACAUUAUAAUCUGUAAGAACAUUGGGCAUUGCCAAGGAGAGGCUAAAGGAUAUAUUAACCUGGGUGAAUUGCAUUACAGGGUUCAAAAGUAUGAUGAAGCAAUUCAUUGCUAUCGGAAGGCUCUUCAUUUAGCUAAAUCAAUGGAAGACGAGGAUGCUUUGGUAAGGCAAAUUGAUCAGAACAUCAAUACCGUGAAAGAAGCUAUACAAGUGAUGGUUGACCUAAGAAAAGAAGAACAGAAUCUUAAGAAGCUAAUGAGAGAAAUGGCCACUGCCAGAGGCACACCUCGUGAGCGCAAAUGUCUACUGCAGCAAAAUGCUUCUCUUGAUUGUUUAAUUGAAAAAUCAAGUACGAUUUUUGCAUGGAUUCAGCACCUUGAAUUUGCGAAAAGGAAGAAAAGAGUAGCAAGUGAGCUUUGUGACAAGGAGAAGCUGAGUGAUUCUUAUCUGGCUAUUGGUGAAUCAUAUCAAAAACUAAGAAUAUUCACAAAAUCCAUUAAAUGGUAUGUGAAGAGCUGGGAAGCAUACAAGUCUAUUGGUAAUUUAGAGGGACAAGCACUAGCAAAGAUUAAUAUUGGUGAUGUUUUCGACUGUGAUGGCAAGUGGACAGAAGCACUAGAUGCAUUUGAGGAGAGUUACAGGAUAUCUGUUGAGGCUAACCUUCCUUCGGUCCAGCUUUCAGCACUGGAGAAUAUGCAUUAUAGUCACAUGAUACGAUUUGAUAAUGUAGAAGAAGCUAGGCGGCUACAAUCUCAAAUUGACCAAUUGAAGGAGACGAGGAAAAGUGAUAAUGAAACAAAAUAUGUGGCAGAGGAUUGCUGCUCUGAAACAGAUACAGAAGCAAACGAAGCUCUGUCAGACAGUGCAUCUGAUGAUUGCUGCUUGUCAGACACUAGAAAAUCUUGUAACAGCAGAUUAAAUUCUUCAAAACAUUUAGCUGAUUUAGAAGAGCCAAAUAAUGCAGUUACUCUGACUUCACCCCUCAAGCGGCUUGAAAAAUCACCUAAAAUCAAAUCAGUUGACAUGAAUGAAUUCGAUGCAUCUCCUUCUGAAAUUUCACCUAAAAGUUUGUCUAAAUCGGCUGGUAGCCAACAAACCACCAUUGGUCGUAAACGUGUUCGUGUGAUACUUUCUGAUGAUGAAGGUGAGAACGAGACGAUGGAUUUCUCAAAAUCGAGGCCUCAUUUUUGGCAGGGAGAGGAUUCUGCAACUUCUGAUGACAAUAAGAAUAGACAACACUCAAGAAAUCCUGAUACUGAAAUUAAGGAGGGUUCAGCAAUUGCCGGCAAACAUGGAAGCAGGUCUUGCGAAGACAUUGAAGAAAGCACUGGUUCAUAUAAACACAAGAGUCGAAUUACUGCUACUCAAAAUGAUAAAGAUUUUGGAACCAGAAAUGCAGAUGAAAUAUUUCCUUCUGAUUCUGCUGCCAGUGGCUCCAAAUUUGAAGUUGACAUCUCUGAAAAUCUGUUGCAUAAAUAUAAUGUUUCCAAGUCAAAUUCUUUUGAACAUGGUCACUGUGUUACAUUCAAAAUUGAUAAUGAGCUGAUACCCGUAGGGGUUGCCUUAUUUGGAGAUAAGCGGAGCAUUGAAUCUACAAAGGAAGAACUAGCAUGCAUGUACUAUCUGCAACUUCCCUUUGAAAAGAGAUCUGAGGGUCUGUUGCCUGUGAUUCAACAUAUAAGUUGUGAUGGGAGAAUUCUGGAGUCACUAGAAUUUUUAAAAACGUCUGACCAUGAAAGAAAUCUUUUGGUUGAAGCUGUCAUCAAUGGAUGGGUUUCAAAACCUUUGAUAAAACUUUAUAUUGAGUACUGCAAAGAGUUAUCUGAGACACCUAACAUGAAGUUGCUGAAGAAACUGUACAAUCUGGAGGCUUCAGAUGACGAGAUUGCAGUGUCUGAUUGUGAUCUGCAAGACUUAUCUAUAAGCCCAUUGUUGAAUGCACUGAACAUCCAGAAAGCUUUUGCCAUCUUAGACCUUUCUCACAAUUUGUUAGGAAAUGGAACGAUGGAGAAAGUUCAGCAGGUCUUCAAGGAGUCGAGCCAAACACAUGACUUAACUUUAGAUUUACACUGCAAUCGAUUUGGUCCAACUGCUUUAUUCCAGAUUUGUGAAUGCCCUAUUCUGUUCACUCGAUUGGAAGUGCUUAAUAUAUCUGGAAAUCGUCUUACCGAUGCCUGCGGAUCGUACCUCUCAACCAUCUUAAAGAAUUGCAAAGGUCUUUGGAGUUUAAACAUUGAACGAUGUUCUAUCACAUCUAGAACAAUCCAGAAGGUUGCUAAUGCAUUAGAAGUUGGAGCUGGCCUCGAAAAGCUUUAUAUAGGAUACAACAACUCGAUCUCUGGGAAUGCCCUCAGUAGUUUAUUAGUUAAGCUCGCAUCACUGAAUAGGUUUACAACUCUUAGUUUAAGUGGUUUGAAGUUGAGCAAGCCAGUUAUUGAAGGCCUUUUCCAGCUUGUUAAAGUGUCGGGGUUGUCUGGAUUAAUGCUUUCUGGCACUGGUAUUGGAGAUGAUGCUGCAUUAGGGAUAACUGAGUCAUUUAACGGGAAUGAAGAGUUUGUGAAACUUGACUUAGCUUAUUGUGGACUGACAUCUAAUUGCCUUACUAAGUUUGGUGGUUGUACUUCUCUUAUUCAGCGCAUUCAUGAGCUGAACUUUGCUGGGAAUGCCAUCAUGCAAGAGGGUUGUAAUGCAGUAUCAUCCCUAAUAGCUAACCCCCAAUGUGGCGUUAAAGUUUUGGUUCUUAACAAGUGCCAGCUUGGCAUAGCUGGAGUUGUUCAAAUCAUUCAGGCCGUAGCAGCAGGUAACCACUGUCUUGAAGAGCUCAAUCUCGCCGAUAAUGUUGAUCUCGAUAAACAUGCCCCGCAAUUUAACAUAACAGAGAAAGAAAGUAAAGAAAUUAUACAACUGUGCCGUUACAUAUCUAAACCUCAUGGCCUAACAUGUCCAAUCAAGGAGUUGGACUCUGCUCAACAGAAUCUGGAGGAGGUAAAUACUGAAUCCAAUCAGCUUGAAGUUGCUGAUAGUGAAGAACCAAUUAGAGAAGGUGCCGCAGCAUCCGGGGUUGAUGAUAGUUGUGCAAGUUCAUGUCAAAGGAAAUCUGCAUCUCUUGAUUGUCAGUUUCUUUUAGAACUUUCAACUGCCAUUGGGAUGGCAAAGACAUUGCAAUUACUGGAUCUUAGCAAUAAUGGCUUUUCCCCCCAAGAGACUGAAACAUUGUUUGGUGCAUGGUCAACUUCAAGAACUGGUUCGGCACAAAGGCACAUUCAGGACAACAUAGUACAUCUACUUGUAGAGGGGACGAAGUGUUGUGUGCGACCCUGCUGCAAGAAGGAUUAAUGUAAUGCUGCUGAGAUCUAUUAUAUCAGAGGAUAGAAGAGGUCAGUGCUCUACUUUCGACACAAAUUAUUUGCUCGUGUAUACUGUUUAACAUGUGUAUUAUAGGUGAAAUCUGUAUAUAAUUACGGUUCAUAAGCACGAUAAAAUUUUAUUCAACUUUUCUUAUUUUCUAUCGUACUUUAAGUUUCUUAAUGUAAUACUACUUUCUUCAUU